GCGCAUCCUACUCCUACACACCAAUUCCUUUCAUCAUCUCAGCUUGGCUUGCACGCGAGCAGCGGUGCAACUCCCCUCCCACCAAGCUCACUGCACGCCGUGAUCGCCUGCCAUCCGCCACUGAUCACCCCACCAGUGUGCGGCAGUAUGCGCUGCACCAUCCUGGGGGCAACCCCGCUGCCGUCAGCGGCGGCGGUAGCACCCGUGCUGCCCGCCCGCGCGCUGGGCGCGGCCAGCACGAGCACUAGCUCCCAGCUGGCGCCCGCGCCGCCGCGGCGCCAGGUGGCGACACAAUGCCUGGCCGGCGGCCUGCAGCAGCCUGGCGGCAGCGGCAGCUGGCUGAGCAGCGGCAGCAGAAGCGGCGGCGGGUCGCAAGGCCUGCGCCGCCGGCAGCUGGGCGGCAGCAGUCGGCGGCUGCUGACGCAGCAGCCGCCGCCCCCGCGGGCAGCCGACAUCGUCGGGGCCCUGGAGGCGGGUGCAGACGACGACGGCGGCAGCCCGGCGCUGUCCCACGCCUCCGCCAGCACCGCCUGGCAGCUGGGCAGCCCGUAUGACAAGGAGAUAUUCCUGCUGGCCAUCCCCGCACUGUUCAGCGUGCUGCUCGACCCCAUCAUGGGCAUGGUCUCCACCGCCAUUGUGGGCUCCACGCUGGGCACGCAGGCGCUGGCGGCCGUGGGCCUCUGCACCAUCGUCUUCAACUUCUCCAACUUUGUGUUCAACUUCCUGCUCUACACCACCACGCCACGCAUCGCCGCCGCCGCGGCACGCAAGGACUCGGACGGCGUGUCGCAGAUAAUGUCACAGGGCCUCUGGAUUGCCACCACCUUUGGCCUGUCCAUGUCGGUGCUGCUGUGGAACCGCUGCCCCGCCAUCUUUGCGGCCAUGGGCGCCCAGCCGGAGGUGGUGGGCCCCGCGGUGGCCUACAUGCGUGCCCGCUGCAUCGCCUCCCCCGCCAUCCUCAUGUACUAUGUGCUGUCGGGAACCUUCCGCGGCUUCAAGGACACCAAGACCCCGCUGGCUGCGGGCAUGGUGGGCAACCUGAUCCACCUGGGCCUCAUCCUGGCCCUGGUGUUUGGGCUGGGGUGGGGCGUGGCGGGCGUGGGCCUGGCCACCUCCCUCUCCCACUGGGUCGCCCUCACCUUCCUCAUGGCAAACGUGCUGGGCAGGGGAUACGUCAAGGUGGGGGACCUGCUGCGGCCGCCCUCCUGGGCUGAGGUGGCCCCCAUGAUGAAGAACGGCAUCUUCCUGUCCACCCGCUCCCUGCUGGCCAUGGGCAUGCUCAUGUGGGCCACACGCCUCAUCGCUGGCUUCGGGGCCGUGGGCCUGGCGGCCCACGAGAUUCUGCGCCAGAUCUGGGUGUUCAGCAACCAGGCCUACACGUCGCUGGACAUCGCCACACAGAGCCUGGUGGCCUUCCACCUGGGCAAGGGCGACCGCCGCUCCGCCGCCGACGUCUUCCGCCGCACCCUCAGCCUGGCGGUGUUUGCGGGGGUGCUCAUCAUGGGCGGCCUGCUGGCGGCCCAAACCAGCCUGCCCGGCGUGUUCACGCAGGACGCUGCCGUGGUGCAGCAGGUCAAGCUGGUGCUUCCCCUCAUAGCGGUGUUCAUGCCGCUGGAUGCCGCCGCCUCUGUGAUGGACGGCGUGCUGCUGGGCAGCCAGGAGGCGGGGUGGCUGAGCAAGACGAUGGCGGUGACGGCCGGCGUGUGCGCCGUGGGCCUGCUGGCCAGCCAGCGCCUGGCCUGGCCGCUCACCACCAUCUGGUUCGUCAUCAAGUUCCUCGCAGUGGGCAGGCUCAUCGGCAAUGCCUGGCGGCUGUGGUCCCGGAGCGGCCCACUGGCGGGGGAGCUGCGCAAGGCUGCGGCAUGA